GGGUUCCCUCUUAAUCCUUCUCCAUCAGAUUGUGGGCAUUAACUGGCCAAGUCUUGCUAGAGAUGGUAGGACAUACCUCUUUGGUUUAUUCUGUGGAUGCACACUCAUCAGGACUUGUUGCUAGCGGUAGUGAAGAUCGGUUUCUGAAGAUAUGGAAAGAUGGGUUAUGCAUUCAGAGCAUUGAACAUCCUGGUUGUGUUUGGGAUGCAAAAUUCCUGAAAAAUGGGGAUAUUGUGACAGCAUGCUCUGAUGGUGCUGUGCGUAUUUGGACAUCACAUAAAGAUCGGAUCGCUGAACCCCUGGAACUUGAAGCCUAUGCCAUUGAACUUGUUGAAUACAAGAAUGCAAGGAAAAAAGUUGGUGGCCUGAAGUUGUCAGACCUUCCUGGUUUAGAAGCUUUGCAAAGCCCAGGCUCUUCUGAUGGACAGACAUUAGUUGUUAGGGAAGGGGAUAAUGGAGUGGCUUACUCAUGGAAUUUAAAGGAGCAGAAGUGGGAUAAAAUUGGAGAAGUUGUCGAUGGACCAGGAGAUAACACUUCUAAUCGAGUUCAUAACGGCGUUCAAUAUGAUUAUGUUUUCGAUGUUGACAUUGGAGAUGGUGAGCCCAUCCGGAAACUACCAUACAAUCGGGGAGAUAAUCCUUAUGAUGCUGCUGACAAGUGGCUUCUGAAAGAGAAUCUUCCUCUUGCAUACAGGCAGCAAGUAGUAGAAUUCAUCCUGCAAAAUGCUGGGCAAAAGGACUUUUCACUGGAUACAUCAUUUCGGGAUCCUUACACUGGGUCCAGCGCUUAUGUUCCUGGACCAUCUUCUUCAUACGGUGGUGCAUCAAAGCCUUCAUUCAAGUACAUCCCGAAGAAAGGGAUGCUUCUCUUUGACACUGCACAGUUUGAUGGAAUUCUGAAGAAAAUAACUGAAUUCAAUUCAGGACUACAUUCUAGCAUGGAGCUCAACUCAUUAUCAUUGACGGAUUCCGAUUUGUCAAGGUUGGCCGCCAUUACACAUGUAUUAAAGGAUACAUCCCAUUAUCACUGUAGUGCAUUUGCAGAUAUUGACAUGGCUUUACUAAUAAAGGUUUUACAAUCCUGGCCAUCCUCAAUGAUGUUUCCAGCAAUUGAUAUCUUAAGAAUGACAAUCCUGCAUCCAGACGGUGCUAGUCAGCUUCUGAAGUACAUCGAUGGAGGGAAAGAUAUACUUAUGGAAAUACUGAAGAAAGCUACAACAGCUCCCAUGCAGGCAGCAAAUCUUUUGACUGUCAUUCGUGCUAUUGCAAAUCUCUUCAAGCAUCCACAUUUUGCUCAGUGGCUACAACGAAAUUGCAGUGAGAUUCUUGAUGCAAUAUCAAGCUGUCAGCCGUCAUUUAACAAGAAUAUACAUUUAUCUUACUCUACAUUGGUUUUGAAUUAUGCUGUUCUAUUGAUCCAACUAAAGGAUAAAGAAGGCCAAGCUCAAGUUCUCUCAGCAGCUCUUGCAAUUGCUGAGGACGGGAAUCAAGAUGUUGAUUCAAGAUUUCGAGCACUCGUGGCUGUUGGAUCACUUAUGCUCGAUGGUCUUGUCAAGUCGAUUGCAAUUGAUUUUGACGUUCAAAGCAUUGCGAAAGAGGCAAAAGCCUCCAAGGAAACAAAGCUUUCGGAAGUUGGAGCUGAUAUAGAGCUUCUACUCAGAUCUUCUUAGAAACCCGAUAUACUUUGCUCAUUCAGGGAACUGUUCAGAUGAAACUGAGGUUAGGAUAUCAACUGAAAUUGAUAGGCAUGCAACUGAAAACAAAGGCCCAAAGACAUUUGAGACUCAAGUAAAUUGCGGUAUUAUGAAUUGUUGCCUCCAUAGUGAGCAAAGGGUUGCUCCAGGAAAAUAUAAACUUAACCUUCUAAAGGCCAAUACCAACUAGACAAAUUUUUUUCUUUGUUUACAGUGAAAACAUUUGGAUACGUAAGGCUCGAGUUUCAUUGUCUUCUGAAUUCCUUGGAUCUUAGUCCAGAUCACUCUGAUUGUUAGAACUCUCAAUCAAACUCGAGCCUUGUUGAGAUUGAGCUUCUAAGCAUCAGUUUAGAUUUAUCUGUGAAUGCAAACCAUCAAAUUUGGGGUCCUAUUUUUGUCCCCUACUUUAUUUGUGAUGAACAAUGAAUAUCUUCUAAAAUCACUAUGUUUCAGUUGUGCUCGGUAGAGGUGUGUUGGUUUUCUUCA